UGCUCCAGCUUGUCCACCAGGCCCAGCGUGGCGACUGUGGGCCCGACUCCGGAGGUGCUGCUUCUCAGACGUCUCCAUGACAACCAGGGCCUUGGAAGAGCUGGAUGGAGGCCUGGGCAGUUGCCAAGUGGAUGAGGACCUCUCUGCACUGGCUGACCCCUCCCCAGGCCGGCCCCAAGAGGACAGGGCUCAAGCGACAUCCAGGCUGGCCGACGCCAACAGCUGGCCCCGUGAUUCUCAGGAGCCCGCAGCUGAGGGCAGCGCCGCAGGCAGUGUGGAUGCCGGGCCCAAGAAGACAGAAAAGGAGCCUGUGGCCAAAGUGGCCUCCGUACCCGGGAAGGAGAGGCUGAAAGCAGGAGCCACGCCCCGGAGCCCCGCGCGGAAGAAGGCGCAGGCCGCGCCGCCGCCGCAGCCGCCGCCGCCGCCGCCGCCGCCCCUGGCCCCCGGCCAGGAGCUGCCCUGGGGAGACCUGACGCUCAACAAGUGCCUGGUGCUCGCCUCGCUCGUGGCGCUGCUGGGCUCCGCCUUCCAGCUGUGCCGCGAUGCGGUGGCCGGGGAGGCGCAAGCCCCUGUGCCUGUCCCUGAGCCAUGGGUCCCGCCAAGCUCGGCCCCGAAGGAGCCAGCGUUGCCACUGCCAAAGCCUGUGGCCUGGGCCCCCCCAUUGGGACCGCCCAAGCCCCCAGCGAAGCUAGAAGAAAGGGCCGAGGUUCCUGGGAGCAGGGAGGCUGCGAGGAAGGACAAAGGGGAAUCUGAAGAGGCCGCUGAGAAGGAGCGGGUGUCCCUUGCUGACCGAGGGCCCAAAGAGAGGCCGAAGAAGGAGAGGCCAAAGAAGGAGAGGCCGCGGAAGGAGAAGCCCCAGAAGGAGAGGCCACAGAAGGAGGAGAGGCCGAGAAGGGAGAAGCCACGGAAAGAGGAGAGGCCGCUGGCUGCCAGGGAGCCCAGGGGAGCCCUACCCCGACGCUGGGAGGCACGCGAGGGGGGCCGACGUCCGUGGGCGCGAGACUCCGGAGACUCCGAGCACAGGAAGAGGCAGGCCUGGGGCUCCCCGCGGCGCCCUGACGAGGAGGACCGGCCUCCUGGGCGCCAGAAGCAACGAGCCGGCAAGGGGCGGGACUGAGCCAGACCUGGGUCCUGCGCGGGAGGCCCUGAACCUCUGCUCGACGGCCCCGCCGUUCCAACAAAAUAAAGCGAAUG